UGCGGACUCCUGCCGAUCGGGCUGGCCCGAGCUCAAUCAAUAAUAUGGGAUUGAAUGGAGAGGGUUGGAGUUCAGUGAGGUGGUGAGUGUGUAUCGUUCCGAUCCUUGGUUAGUACGCCGCGGUCUAUAACUCCCUCAUCCUUCAAUUCCCUCACAACCUCCCUUUUUUUCCUUCCUUACGGACUCCACGCUUGUCGCACCCCGUGCAUCUUCGUCAGAGCAAAGUUGUAAUAACGCACAUGGGUUCCACAUAGACCCGAUCGUCCCUGUUCAGCCUUCUUUAGAACAAGAUCUCCGUCGUUUGACCUACGUCGCAUUCCCGACUACAUAGGUAACUUUACAACAUGGUGGGCAAGAAGUCGGGCAAGGCUCUCCUCCGGGACGAGGGCCUGGAAAGAACCGACAAUAACAUGGAAUUGUCGAGCUGGCCGCAAAUACCUCCCAUCAAUCAGAAAAACUAUUAUACUGAUUAUCUCAAGCGCGAUGAUCAGUAUCUGGCUUUUCGGCUGCAGAAUGAGGAGGCGCGAAAUCGAAUGGCUAAGACCGCCAAGGACCGGGAUCGCGCGCUGGCUAUGGCCAAGGCGAAUGACCUAGGAUUACCCGAAGCAGAGGCAGAGGGCGAUGGCGACACGAACUUGGAGGACGCUGAGGAGACGACUGCCGAAAUGGCAGGCUCGAAAGUGAUUGUGGUCCACGUCGGAAGCCAGAACCUACGCAUUGGCUUAGCCAGCGAUGCUUUGCCGAAGACUAUACCCAUGGUGAUUGCGCGAAAGUCACCUACUAACGAGGCUGAAGAUAACGAAGAGCCAUGCCCGAAACGACUGAAGAUGGAUGACGGGUCGGACAUGGAGCCGGAAAAGAUGUUCGGUCCUGAGUUCGCUUCUCAGUACACAACAAUGGCGGCAGAACUCAAAGCACAUAUGCGACAAAACAAGCGGCGGACGCUGCCAAACUCGAAAGAAAUGGUCAUUAACUACAAUCGGAGGACUGUCCCUGAAACCAUUUCAGAGCACAAUGAUCCCAUGCGGGUUGAGUGGACUGAGCUCUCAGACCCUGCUCCCGAAUACAUUGUGGGGCAAGCAGCUUUGAGGAUACCUGAUGCUUCCAGGCCUCGGUACAAAUUAUACUGGCCAAUGAAACACGGCUGGUGCAACGAGAAAGACUACGAUAACAAAAGGCUCUUGUUCCUGGACAUCUCGCUGAUACUUGAAGAUGCGAUUAAAUCGCAACUAGGGCUCACGAGCAAGAAGGACUGGCCGCAAUAUUCAUGUGUCUUCGUCAUCCCAGACCUCUACGAGAAGUCAUACGUCACCCAAGUCUUGGAACUACUGAUGCGAGAGUUCGCUUUUGCUCGUGUCUGCUUCAUUCAAGAGAGUUUGGCGGCCACAUUUGGCGCAGGCUUCACAUCUGCCUGCGUGGUUGACAUCGGUGCCCAAAAAACAUCGAUUUGUUGCGUGGAAGAAGGGAUGUGCAUCGAGAACUCGCGGGUGAACUUGAAGUAUGGUGGUUUCGAUAUCACCGAGACAUUUGUCAAGAUGAUGCUUUACGACCACUUUCCAUAUGCCGAAAUCAACCUUUGGCACCGUUAUGACUUUCUGUUGGCAGAAGAACUAAAAAAGAACGUCUGUACGAUGAAUGAGGCAAGUGUAUCAGUGCAGGUCUACGACUUCCAUCUGCGGGUAGCUGGUCAGGAUACUCGGAAGUACACAUUCAAAGCUUACGAUGAGAUUCACCUUGCGCCCAUGGGCUACUUCCGGCCUUCCAUAUUCAACCAUGAUGAGAAGCUUAAGGGAAGGCGGAAGCUCAUUGCUCGCUCCGUUGAUAUUUACGAUGGGCAGCCCAAUGACCCAACAUCGGCAGCCCAGUCUGAAAUCUUGACUGCUAUUGCGCCUCCUCUCAACAACGGUCAGGUGAAUGGCGAUCUUCAACCAAACACCUUGGAGGUGCAGGCUACACCGAGUCGAUCUCAACAAGUAAACGCUCUUAGCCGUGUACAGGAAUUGGAUUCUACUCCCCGAUCCUCGGUCGCCGGAUCCCCGGCACCGGAGACACUGGGUACACCCCAUCCCGGCGCAGCUACGCCUGUGCCUGCUGGCCAGGCUCCAAGCGCAUUGCCCCGCGCACCUACUGUUGAGGAACGCGAUGACGUUUUACCAAGCUUUCCGCUAGACAUGGCAAUCCUAACUUCUAUUGCGCAUGCGGCUCGUUCGGACGAACGUAAGAUGCGGGACUUUCUCGGCGGUAUUAUGGUGGUGGGAGGCGGAAGUUUGAUUAAUGGCUUUCACUCAUAUCUUGAAGAGCGUCUUCAAAACCUUAGACCAGGUUUCGCUAAAGAAAUCAUGAUUGGCACACCUCCCCGCGAUCUUGAUCCGCAGGUUGUCGUCUGGAAGGGCGCAAGUGUCUUUGGUAAACUGAGUGGAACCAACGACAGUUGGAUUGGGCAGCUAGAAUAUGACCGCCUGGGACAUAGGUUGAUGGCGUAUAAGUGUAUGUGGUCCUACUAAUUUUCGCAUGAUGCUCCAAUGCAUUUUUGGCAUUUCCCAAGUUUCUUGAAGAAUGGUCGGUGUUUGCAGGAUGGGAAUAGGGAUUACUUUUACUCUGUUAUAGUCUUGGUUGACACGCAAU